AUGCAACCACGUAUGUGCUACGACGAUGCCACCUGGGAAGAAAGCGAGGAAUUUGCCGAUACUUGGGUGCGCAAGUUUUUCAACCCCGACAUCUCCACACCGAUCGGAAACUUUCUCUCCGGACACCAGAACCCAGGUGAUGCCAUUUCCUUUGAUAUCUUGGGAAAGAGCUACUUUCAUAUUGCCCUUUGGAUGAUCUACGAAACAGGUCCCGCCGGUGUCAUACGCAUUCCUCUUCCAGGUGCUAUAAUGUUUCCUGAAGAGGAGCAGCGGUAUGAGGUGGCCAUUAUGCGGUAUCCUUAUGACCAAACUUCAAUACGGGUGCCUUUUAUUUAUCAACAGGGCUCUAAGAGAUCUCGUCCACUAGAGCUGGGUCCUUAUAUUAUUUUAUCUCAUCUCAAACACCAAAGAAACAAUGCAAUUCACUCUGCCGAUGAUUGCCGACGGAAGUUCAUUGCAAGAUUUCUCUUCCGCAAAUUAGCACAGAAGUGCCAGCUUACGCAGCGAUGGGAAGCAUCCAUAAAGGCCCCUUCAAAAUCUGGGGCGAUGAUUUCGCCUAGGUAA